AUGCUAUCUGCCAACUUCCAGGGAUUUCAAAUGACUCAUUCUCUUGGUGGAGGCACAGGAUCUGGAAUGGGAACACUGCUUAUUUCUAAAAUCCGUGAGGAAUACCCGGAUCGAAUAAUGAACACAUUCUCUGUGGUACCAAGCCCCAAAGUUUCCGAUACGGCUCUCUACGACAUCUGCUUCCGCACUCUCAAGUUGACAACACCCACUUAUGGGGAUUUAAAUCAUCUAGUUUCAAUGACAAUGAGUGGUGUAACAACGUGCCUGCGGUUCCCUGGUCAGCUUAACGCGGAUUUACGCAAACUAGCG